AUGAGGAUGACAAGAGCUGCCACACGGAGCCCUAACGUACAGCCUCUGAAAGAUUAUCGUAUUGUGGUGACCAAGAACGCUCGUGAGAGGCUCGUCAAGGGUUUCAUAGUCAUGUAUGGAGGGUCUUAUAGAGACAAAGUCGAUAAAAACACCACUCACAUUAUCAGUAGUCAACCAAGUCCGUCUGAGAAAAACGAGAUCCGCAAAGCCCAGGAUAAUGGCCCUCAGAUUGUUGAUCCAGAUUUUCUUCUCAAAAUCAUCUCUGAUAAUAGAGCCAACCUAUAUAAAAAGGCUCGUCACUGUUCUCCUGUUGCUAGGGCCCACGGGACAGUUGAGGGUCUAGACAAUAGAAGUGAUGAUAUUAUGGAGGGUAAGCAUGUAAGAUUCAACGUUGAAUCGUCACCGCCUAACAACAGGGUUGGAGGAAAGGCCCCUAAGUCCAACACCAAAGCAGAGCCCAAUGCGGAAGACGACGGCAAGAAAGAUUUUGAGAAUACACCUGAAGAAUACUCCCUUUAUAUUCCUCAGGGUUCGGAGCGUGCCUACGAGGCAAAAUUAAAGAAAUCAUCCUACUUUUACGAUAUUAAAGUCGUAAAGAACUCUCGUGCCUCGAAAUUCCAAACACUGACCAGUUUUGGUCGCAAUGGGAAAAUAUGGGUAGAAAGAUCCCUUGGUGAUGGAUCAGUGGAUGACGCUGUAAGCAAGUUCCGGGAUACGUUCAAAGACAAGACAGGUCUAGACUGGGAAAAUCGCAACGAUGAUGCCCAACAUGGCAAAUAUGCUUUUGGCAAUGGUAGAGAGCCUGUUCAGGAAUUGAUGCAACUCAUUUUCAAUGAGAAAGGCUUCAACAUGGCUAAGAACGCCUUAGGUUAUAAAUAUAGCCCAGCGCUGACCUCAAUUCAAGUAUCAAGUCAAGUAUUUCAACCCUAUGAGUUUCAAGGCUAUUCGGAGUCCCAGGCAUAG